AUGGCGGAUGAGACGCAAGCGGUCGGGUUUCUCAACUCCAUCUUGGACCUGGUGGAUCGCUAUGAUGUCUUUGUUCUGGAUCAGUACGGCGUGAUUCACAAUGGCUCGGCGCCGUACCCGCAUGCAGUGGAGGUGGUGCAAAGGCUGCGGCAAGCAGGGAAAACGGUGACGAUUUUGAGCAACUCCUCCAAGCCAGCACACUUUGCGCACGCCCGCCUGAUUGAGUGGGGCUUUGGCGAAGUGGCAACCAUUGUCACGGGUGGUGAGAUGGUGCGACAAGGCAUGCGCAAUCGCUGGUCCGACUUUGCUGCCUACGGCAGCAAGUACACGCUCAUGGGUUGGGACGUGGAGACGGACGUCCUGGCAGAUCUGGACCAGUACGACCAGGCGCCAAUCGACGAGGCUGACUUUAUUCUGCUCCAGGGCAUCAACGUCCUGUCGACGGGCAGUGAGCCGGCGCCGAUCGAGGAGGUGGCGCAUUGGCAACCGCACCUCAAGGCUGCGCGUGCGAGAAAUCUACCCAUAGUGUGUGCCAACCCGGACAAGGUGGUGGUGCGCCCAGACGGCUCCCAGGGUUUGUGCCCAGGCACGGUAGCCGCCAUGUAUGAGGCGUUGGGUGGCCAGGUGCACUACGUGGGCAAGCCGCACGCGCUGGUGUACGACAAGACCCUCGAACAGCUGGCUGGUGUACCCAAGUCCCGGAUCGUCGCAGUGGGCGAUUCCCUGCAUCAUGACAUUGAGGGCGCUCUGAAGGCGGGGCUCGACUGUGUCUUUGUGACUGGCGGCGUACAUGCCCCUGAGCUCGGCAUUGCCGCCGGUGUCGGCCAAGCCCCGGAUCCCGCCCGCUGUGAGAAGCUCUUUGCCCAGGUGUUGGGGGCCGAUCGCCGACCCACCCACGUCAUCCCAGCAUUCAAGUGA